CAGUGGGAGGGGUCUCUGGGAACAGUAGUCCAUAAAGCCUGUGUCUUCAAUGCUCCCCUGAGGAGCAGAGAGUGAAGGAAGAGUAGCUCUGUUCUUUCUACUUUUCCCUUCCCUUCAUCUUGCCCACCUGUCUGCCCCGGCUCCUCUGGAAACAUGUCCAAGGAUUUCCAUCCAACCAUGGACCCCACAAAGAUGGGGCUUGGACGCUCCAUCGCCGUGCUGACGUCAGGAGGAGACGCCCAAGGCAUGAACGCUGCUGUGAGAGCCACAGUCAGAGUUGGUCUCUACGCCGGAGCCAAAGUCUACUUUGUUCAUGAGGGCUACCAGGGUCUUGUGGAUGGAGGAGACAACAUUCGCCCCGCCACAUGGGAGAGUGUAUCCAUGAUGCUUCAGCUGGGAGGUACUGUCAUCGGCAGCGCUCGCAGCGAGGACUUCCGCACCAGAGAGGGUCGUAUGAAGGGAGCGUGCAACCUAGUGAAGCUGGGCAUCACCAACCUGUGUGUGAUCGGAGGCGACGGCAGUCUGACUGGAGCCAACCAGUUCAGGACUGAGUGGAGCGGUUUGCUGGAUGACCUCGUCAAAGCUGGUAAGAUUACAGCAGCAGAAGCCAAGAAAUCUUCCCACCUGAACAUCGUGGGCAUGGUGGGCUCCAUCGACAAUGACUUCUGUGGCACUGACAUGACCAUUGGCACUGACUCUGCCCUGCAUCGCAUCAUGGAGGUGGUGGAUGCCAUCACCACAACCGCACAGAGCCACCAGAGGACAUUUAUCCUGGAAGUGAUGGGCAGACACUGUGGUUACCUGGCCCUGGUGACGGCUCUGGCCUGCGGUGCAGACUGGGUGUUCAUUCCAGAGAUGCCACCAGAUGACGGCUGGGAGAACCACCUGUGUAGGAGGCUGACUGACCAAAGGGGCAGAGGUUGUCGUCUGAAUGUGAUCAUUGUGGCUGAGGGUGCGAUGUCCAGAGAUGGCAAACUGAUUACUUCUGACCAGAUCAAGAAGCUGGUGACUGACAGGCUCGGCUUUGAUACUCGCACCACCAUUCUUGGACACGUGCAGAGAGGAGGAACACCGUCCGCCUUCGACAGAAUCCUGGGCAGCAGGAUGGGUGUGGAGGCAGUGAUGGCGCUGAUGGAGGCUACUCCAGACACUCCUGCCUGUGUGGUCAGCCUGUCUGGGAACCUGGCAGUCAGGCUGCCACUGAUGGAGUGUGUGCAAGUGACCAAAGAUGUGACUGCCGCCAUGGCUGAGGGCAGAUUUGAUGAUGCCAUCAAGCUCAGAGGAAAGAGUUUUCAGAACAACUGGAACACAUACAAGCUGCUGGCUCACAUCAACCCCCCAGAUGUUAAGAGCAACAUCAAUGUGGCCAUCAUGAACAUCGGCGCUCCCUGCGCUGGUAUGAACGCUGCAGUCCGUUCAGCAGUCAGAAUGGGCAUCAUUCAGGGCCACACCAUGUUGGCUGUCCAUGACGGCUUUGACGGUCUGGCUCACGGACAGAUUGAACCUAUCAACUGGACUUCAGUGAGUGGCUGGACUGGAAAAGGAGGCUCAAUGUUGGGCACCAAAAGAACUCUGCCAGGUAAAAUGUUGGAGGAAAUCAGCCAGAAUAUUGCCAAAUUCAACAUCCAUGCUUUGGUGAUCAUUGGUGGAUUUGAGGCCUAUGUGGGAGGCCUAGAGCUGGUUCAGGCCAGAGAGAAAUAUGAAGAGAUGUGCAUUCCCAUGGUGGUUAUCCCUGCCACAGUCUCCAACAAUGUCCCCGGCUCUGACUUCAGCAUCGGCGCUGACACCGCCCUCAACACCAUCACUUCUACCUGUGACCGAAUCAAGCAGUCUGCAGCAGGGACCAAGCGCCGUGUGUUCAUUAUUGAGACUAUGGGUGGGUACUGCGGCUACUUGGCUACCAUGGCUGGUCUGGCAGCUGGGGCUGACGCGGCAUACAUCUUUGAGGAAAAAUUUGGCAUUAAAGACCUGGAGAUGAACGUAGAGCAUCUUGUGGAGAAGAUGAAAACAACAGUGAAGAGAGGUUUGAUUCUCAGGAAUGAGAACUCUAAUGCCAACUACACCACUGACUUCAUCUUCAGCCUGUAUUCAGAGGAGGGUAAAGGCAUCUUCGACUGCCGUAAGAAUGUCCUCGGACACAUGCAGCAGGGUGGCACUCCAACGCCCUUUGACAGAAACUUUGGCACUAAGAUGGGUGUCAAGUCUGUUCGGUGGCUGUCUGAGAAACUCAAGGAGUGUUAUAGGCACGGUCGUAUCUUCGCCAACACACCAGACUCUGCCUGUGUGCUGGGCAUGAGGAAGAGGGCGCUCACUUUCCAGCCUCUUUCUGAUCUGAAGGGAGACACAGAUUUUGAGCACCGCAUCCCUAAGACCCAGUGGUGGCUGAAGAUCAGGCCCAUUAUGAAGAUCCUGGCCAAAUAUGACAUCAAACUAGACACAUCCGAACACGCCGACAUGGAGCAUGUGAUCAAGAAAAGUAUUCCUCUCGGGAAAUAGACUUAGUCUCUUUCUGUUCCAUUACAAAGUAUUUUUUCUUUUCCCACUACCUGUCCACAUGCCUUAGUAAAAAGAGCUGCUGUCUUAUGCUUUCUCAUCAUUGAAGUCCAAGUAAUAGGCUCAAUCUGCAGUGAUGUUCCGUAGCUCUCCCAACUCUCAAAACCUUAAGUGAAUCAUAUCAAGAAACCAAUUAAAGAUAUAUUAACAAAAAAACUUGAUUGUUUGUAUGUUAAAUGGAGCAGCAUGUGAAUUGUCCUGAAAAUUGACGAUUAAAAUAAGAAUUGUAUUAAUUUGCAUACAA